AUGAAGCAUUUGGACAAAAUUUUGAUGGUUGUUGCAUAUUAUUGGAUGAAGAGGCAAAGAUUAUGCAACUUCAUGGUCAUGGUCAUGUUGAGGAUGUAUAUGAAUAAAAGGAAUAGAAGUAUUGAUGAUGGUUUCCAUAGUCGAAGAGUGAACACUAAUGUAGUUAAGCAAGAUGCACUAGAAAGUAUCAUUGGGAGUGGGGGUGAUAGGAAUUGUAUUUGGGAGUUACAGAUGAAUUUGAGUGCAUUCUCUUCACUAUGUGAAUUACUUCAAAUUCAGGGUGGGUUAAAUGUUAAUGGUCAUGUUAGCAUAACUGAGCAAAUAGCAACUUUUCUAAUGAUAUUGGCCCACCAUAGAAAAAAUCGUAGCAUCCAAGUUUGUUUCUAUAGGUUGGGUGAAAUCAUUAGUAGAUAUUUUAACAAGGUGUUGUGUUCAAUCUUGCGUGUCCAAAGUCUUCUUCUUGCCAAUGUCGAACCUGUCCCAGAAGAUUAUAUGGAUCCUAGAUGGAAAUGGUUUAAGGGUUGUCUAAGAGCAUUAGAUGACACGUACAUAGAUGUUACUGUGCCGGAGACAGAUAAAAGUAGAUAUCGAACAAGAAAAGGCCGGAUCUCCACCAAUGUCUUAGGAGUAUACAAUCGGGAUAUGAACUUCGUCUACGUCCUUAGUGGUUGGGAAGGUAGUUAUUAUUUAGUUGAUGUUGGUUAUACAAAUGGUAGAAGUUUUCUAGCACCGUAUAGAGGUUCACGCUAUCAUGUACAGGAGUGGACACAAGGAAAUCGUGUGCCUCGUAAGUACAAAGAGUACUUUAACAAGAAGCACUCCUCAGCUAGGAAUGUCAUUGAGCGUUGCUUUGAGCUGCUUAAGAAGAGAUGGGCAAUUCUAAGAAGUCCAUCAUUCUAUCCAAUUAAGACACAAAACCAUAUUAUACUUGCGUGUUGUCUGUUGCAAAACUUCAUUUGA